GCAGGCAAUUUAGUUGAAGCUCUGCACCAACUCCAUCUCUUGAACCCCACCAUUCUUGAUUACAACGCGCUUUUCUACUGCUAUCUCAAACAGAGCCGUACUUCUGUCGACCAGUUAGCCCAAGUCUUCUUUGAGAUCAAGAGAUAUGGCCUCUUCCCUAACGUUUGGACAUUCAAUAUACUUUUUAAUGGAUUGUGCACUUUAGGAUUACUGCAAGAUUCUUUCUUUGUCAUAGAGGAGAUGUGCCUCAAUAAACUGGUUCCUUCAUUUUCCAUUCUGACGAAGUUGAUGAAGAAAUCUUUGAAGGCAGGUAUCUUUGAUCUUUCUCAAAAAGUUAUUGAUCUAAUGUUUAGAUAUGGCUAUAAGCCAACACUUCCGGCUUUGAAUUCUUUGAUUUCUGGUUUUAGUCGCGGUGGAAGAAUUCGUGAGGCUAUUUCAUUAUUUUGGAUGUUGAUAGCGAAGGGCUUUGUUCUCAAUGUGUACACAUACAAUCCCAUUUUAUCGAGCCUCUGCAACUCCGGGCAGACAUCUAUUGCUCUAGCUUUCUUCUGUAGUUUGAGAAAAAGAGGAUUUUUGCUCAAUGUGUAUUCUUAUACAUCACUGAUAUUGGGAUUCAGUAGAAAAGGUUUGUGGAUCGAUGCUUAUUCUGUUUUGGAGUUCAUGCAGUGUAAUGGCUGCUUGCCAACAGUUGUAACUUAUACUGUGCUCAUUAAGUUUCUUUGCAAAUAUAACUUUGUUGAGGAUGCAUUAAGAAUUUAUGGGAUGAUGGAUGGGAAAGGCUGCAGCCCUGAUCAAAUCACUUAUAAUGUUUUAUUUCAUGAGCUUUGCACCCAAAAUCGAAUUUUUGAAGCAAUUAAAUUGGUGGAAGAGAUGUCGGUGAAGGGAUUUCAUCCUGAUCAUUUUACUUAUUGCACUCUGGCUACAUGCAUGUUGAAAGUUGGGUUAGUUAGAACUUCUCAAGAGCUUCUUCUCAAAGUACUAUCGACUGACAAACACGUUGAUGUCAUUACUUGGAAUGUUUACUUCCAUAGUUUAUGUUAUGAUAAUCGGGCAUUGGAGGCGUCAUCAUUGUUGCUACGUAAGGUUGGAGAGGGUUUCGUCCCAACCAAUGUGACUCGUAACACAAUAUUGAAAGGUUUAUGCUUGGAGAAGAAACUUGAGGAGGCAUUGAAGUUUCUUGAUCAUAACGAGUGGGGUAGAGAAGGGCAUGAUGUGAUUUCCUUCAACACUAUUUUGUUUACAGCAUGCAAUAACGGUCACUCUUCGAUGAUACGGAGGAUCUUAUAUCGCAUGAAAUCUGAAGGAAUCGAGGCGAAUGUUGUUACUUUGACCUGCUUAAUGCAAUACUUUGGUAAGAUGGGGAAUUUAUUGAGUUGUUAUGAUCUAUUUAUCUUCAUGAUCAACAAUGGAUACAAUCCUACUACGAUAACAUAUAAUGUGCUUCUCAACAUGCUUUGCAAGAAUGAGAUGGUUGAGGAAGCUUUCCAAAUGUUUUUAGAGUUCAAAGGUAGCCGGUCAUUUCCAGAUACCACUUCGUAUAAUAUUCUGAUGCACGCCACAAUCGACAAGAGCCUCUUGGUUAGGUGCCUAUUAGCGAACAUGUAUAGAUGGGAUUUAUUACCCGACGGUAUCACAUACACAUUAUUGAGUUCUAGCUUAUGCAGGCGGAGAAAUAUACGUGCCGCACUUCGCUUGGAGUAUGUGAUGAUCGAACACGAAGUGAGACCUCAUGUAUCGUUCUACAAUAACAUCAUGGAUGUGAUGUUUAGGGAAGGUAGAUUGGGGGAUGUGUACUGGUUACUGCUUAAGAUGGAGUUUGAUGGGAUUGAACUAAAUGAAGCUUCGAGUAAUAUUCUUGACCGAGCACUUUUAAAAGGAGGUAGGAAGAGAUUUCCUAAAGCUAUGUUGGUGCUUGAAAAUCUCAUAAGAAAGGGGAAAAUUUUAUCCAAAUUCGAGCAGUGAAAUUUUGAAUCCUACAUUUCUUAUACUUUCCAUGCUGCAUUCAAAUGAGACUGAUUUUGCAGAGAAGCGCAUUAUGGUUAUAAUACUUUCUGAAAUAUUUCUACAGCGUUCUCCCUUCUUUCAAGGAACUGAGUGUAAUAAUGUUAAUAUUUCUUCGGCAGUGUUCUUCAAUUUCCCGAACACAUUAGUGAAUGACUCAUAGAUGCAUCAGAUUUGAAGACUGGUCUUGAUCAUGGAACUUUAUGGGAGGAUUUAGAGGAGAUCUUUCGAUCGAAACACGCUAUUGUUAUAGGACACUAUCAAAUAUACGAACGAGUAGAAAGUGAAGAUGGUUUCUUACUUUGAAAAUGUUUGAGGAUUCGAUCAGGCAACUAUUGGUGCCCUUUUGAAAUAAUGUGCUAUCAGAUGAUGGCGCAGAACGAACUAUUAUGAUUGAGAACGAAUAACGAGCAAUCCAAGCAUGAUGAUAACAGAGUGAAGAGAGAAGUAUGGAAAUGAGAGAUGACAUAUUGUCUUCAUGUACUUGAGGUACAGAUGGCAAGUUUCUCAGCCUCUUCGAGAGCUAAAAUAUAAAUUUUGUGGAAGAAAUAUUUUUAAGAUUUAGUCAUGAACUCAAUACAAGUAGGCUAUCGAUAAUUUUCGUGAUGUAAACGAAUGGUUUCAAUAGAUUAGACAUGGCCGGCUUCAUUUUAGGAAAAAGUAUUGUAGUUUUCGAACGAUGGUUCGGGCUAAUCAGUGUGAGCAUGUAUAUUGUGGCAAUGAGAUUGAUGAGCCUGAAUGUGACAAUUGUAACAAAGUUAGGGGCUAACAUGGAUAAUGGGGCUAAAAAUGACAAGUGACAACAAUAAAAUUUUUAACAAUGUAGGACU